GGUUCUCUGUGGCUGUAAGGAUAACACAACCCUGUGCUAGAGGGGACUUGGAUCAAAUUUACUGACAACCUGAAAUGAAUGAAUAGGCCCUGCUCACAGCAAGAGAGCUUUCCUAGGAGUGCAUUGCACAUUGGCUUUUUUCCCAGCCCCAUGGAGCCUUUCAGGAGCCUGCUGUGGCACGUUUUGGUUGGAUUUAGGGGAUUGCAGUGUACAAGCUGGGGUUUUUCCCAAGUGCUGAUGCUGCAGUAUUCCCAUCAGACCGCACGCAGGAAGCAUCUUCGUGUUAUUUCUCUGAGUGGGCACACACAGCCCCAGAUCUUGGAGAAUGUACAGCAGCUUCAGCUCUGUAAGCUGCAGCACACAGGGAAUGUCUGCCUGCAUGGAGAGCGCCCAGCCAUGGAGCCCUGCUCUGGUGCCCUGUCCAGAUGUAAAAUCGUUGUGCCAAGUGCACCAAAUGGAUACCUGGGGCCCCAAUGUCAUACUCAGAAAAGGUGCUGGGCUGUGAUUCCAGGAUUCCAGCCUUUUGCUGUGCAUCCCACCACAUGUGCAUGUCUGGAAGCAUGUGUCAGCAAAGCUCUGGAGCAGCUGCUAGCUACAGGCGUUCCGCAGGCUGAGGUCUCUGGGUCAGGAGCACUCGUCUUCCACCAGCACAGCCCCCUGCACUGCUCCACACAUCUGUGA